AUGCACACCGUCGAGCCCAUCACGGCCAACGGCGGCACCAAUGGCGUCACAAACGGCAAGCUCAACGGCGCCUCCUCACGUCCGGCCGAUGCCAUCCCCUUCAUCCCUCUCGCCUACGACAGCACAGAUCCAGAGGCUUCGCCCCGCCGCCUGAUCCUCGCCUUGAGACCCGACUGGGCCUCUCCAGACUCCUGCCUAGAGUUUGUACGCUUCACCGACGGCAUCACAAACACUCUGCUCAAGGCCAUCAACCCCAAGCAAGGCCUCACAAAGGCCGAGGUCGACAGCGACGCCAUCCUGCUACGAGCCUACGGCAACGGCACCGACGUCAUUAUCGACCGCCUUCGCGAGACACAGAACCACGAGCUGCUCAUGAAGCAUGGGCUCGCGCCCCAGCUGCUCGCUCGCUUCGAGAACGGCAUGCUGUACCGCUACAUCCCCGGCAAGGUCACAUCUCCUGCCGACCUCCGCACCCGACCCAUCUACAGAGCCGUGGCCCGUCGUCUGGCGCAAUGGCACGCCAUUGUGCCCUGCCUUCACGAUUCCGACUCUCCCAUGGCCAAGGGCGUCAAGGCGCAGCCUUUCGUGGACCAUGUCGCUCCCUCCAAGCCUCGCCCGAACGUGUGGACUGUUAUGCAGAAAUGGAUUCUCGCUUUGCCCACUACAACGGAAGCUCAGCGUGCUCGUCAGGCAUCAUUACAGGCGGAGCUCGCCCGUCUCGUAGCUGAGCUUAGCCAGCGACCUGGGCUCGGCAAGAACGGCCUCGUGUUCGCUCACUGCGACUUACUGAGCGGCAACGUCAUCAUUGAGCCAGAGUCGGUGCCUGCCAAGGUGACCAACGGCAAUGGCAACGGCUGCCUACCAGUGUCUGUCAACUUUAUCGAUUAUGAAUAUGCGACCCCCUCGCCAGCGGCCUUCGACAUCGCGAACCACUUUGCCGAGUGGGGCGGUUUUGACUGCGACUUCAGCGUGCUCCCAACAGUGUCUCAGAGGACCGAGUUCAUUCGCGAAUACAUUCACUCUUACUUUAGCCUGGUGGCCGAAAAGCCAGACGACCUGGACGAAGAGGCCGAGGUGGCCAAGCUGUGUGCCGAGGUUGACUUGUUCCGUGGCGUGCCAGGAUUCUACUGGGGCAUCUGGGCUCUGAUUCAGGCAACAAUCUCAACAAUUGACUUUGACUACGCGGCAUAUGCCGAGGUCCGACUUGGAGAGCACGCCGCUUGGAGAGCUGAGUCAUCAGGGUCUCGGCAAGAGCAAGGGAAGGAGAUGCCCCUAAGGGAGAGGAGAUGGGCGCAAGUGGAAUGA